AUGUUCAGAGCUCUGGUCAUAAUCACCUCCUGGUCACUCAGCAGGCAAAACUCCGCGACGAAGUCUCAAUUUUGUGACGUGACUUUAGUCGCCGAGAAGUCCUGCUGUGGAUUUCUGGAGAAGAAUUUGAGUCCGUCCAAUUGCUUGGGAAUCCGAGCGAUUGCUGAUACUUACGCAUGUCGGAAUCUUCUUCACUGCGCUAGCAAAUAUAUAUUGCAUAUCUUCCAGCACGUUGUUGGUACUGAGCAGUUUUACCAACUUACUGCUAAUCAGCUAAUUGAGCUCAUCUCAAGUGAUCAGCUUAAUAUCCGAUCAGAAGAAAAGGUUUUCGAAGCUGUGCUUCAGUGGGUUAGAUUCGAUCCAUCAGUACGGGAGCAAUUCCUUCCACAAUUGUUGGAGCACGUACGACUCCCACUUUGUUCCCCCAAGUUCCUCGCCGAAACAGUCAGUGAAGACGCGUUAGUGAAGGCGGACGAGGCCUGCCGAGAUCUUCUCGAUGAAGCAAAGGUUAUUGUAGUUUCUACAGCAAAAUAG